CUCACUGUUUUGUUAUUGUUUGGGAAUUUGAUUUUUGAAUCGAAGAAAAAUGAGCGAUAGGCGCAAAUAUUCGUUUUCGGAGGAAAACAAAUACAGGGAUAAACGAAAACGUCAUUCUUCUUCGGGGCACGAAGAACGUCAUAAACGUAGGCGUUCAUCGUCGCCAGAAAACCGAAAUAUAGACACUUACAAGUACGAGCUGAGAAGAUUCUUGCAGGAACACGCAAAUAUACAGAAUGUUGAGGACUUCUGGAGGUUUUUCGAGAAGUAUCGGAAUCGACAGCAAGGCAAAACACCCGAAUUCAAUAGGAGUUUUCUUCUAAAUGUUGAGUUUACCGAUAAAUUUAGCAUUUUGUUCGAUAGACUCCCAGUAUUAGAUAAGAAUGGAAGGAAAGUGAUGAUUCGCUAUGAAGACUUCAGAGAAUUCAUGCUGGUCAUAAAAAUUUACAACGAUUUUCAACAGAAAACGAAGUUUGCGAAAUUGAAGAAACUGAGGAAGGCUCAGAGUGAGCUGCCGAUAGCUCAGUAUAAGAACGAGAUCAUUCAAAAAUUGGAAGAAUCGAGAGUAUUGCUGAUUGCUGGAGACACAGGUUGUGGGAAAUCAACACAAGUACCUCAGUAUGUUAUGGAAGCUGGCUAUAAAAAAAUAGUUUGUACACAACCUAGAAGAAUAGCUUGUAUCUCACUAUCUAAAAGAGUAGCAUAUGAGACACUGACAGAAUUUAAAAGCACAGUUGGCUACCAGAUAAAGUUCGAGAAAUCCAAAAGGGCAGAUACAGCUAUAAUUUUCAUGACAGAAGGUCUUUUAUUGAGGCAAGCCAGUGAAGAAACCACAUUGAAUUCUUACGAUGUUAUAAUUUUGGAUGAAGUGCACGAAAGGCAUUUAUUCAGCGAUUUUCUGGUAGGAGUAAUGAAAUGUUUAUUGUACAAAAGGAAUGACUUCAAAUUAAUACUGAUGUCGGCAACAAUCAAUUUGGAAUUGUUUCAAAACUAUUUUUCUGAAGAAAACGUUCAAGUGAUACAAGUUCCAGGAAGAUUAUAUCCAAUUGAGAUAAAUUAUAGACCUAUUGUGAAAGAUCCCUAUGAAAGACAGAAGGAUAAAUUCAAUUGUACUCCUUACCUUCAAAUCAUCCAGAUGAUUGAUGAGAAGUAUCCUCCGAAUCAAAAAGGCGACAUGUUGAUUUUCUUGAAUGGUUUCAAUGAAAUAUCAAAGUUGGCCGAUGCUGUUCUGGAGUACAGCGAACAUAAGAAAAAUUGGAUUGUACUUCCCCUUCAUAGUACCUUGAGUUUGGAGGAUCAAGACAAGGUAUUCGAUUAUCCUCCUGAAGGUAUAAGAAAGUGUAUAAUUUCAACGAAUAUUGCUGAAACUUCAGUGACUAUAGAUGGUAUAAGAUUUGUAAUAGACUCUGGUAAAGUGAACAGGAUGAUGUACCACACUAACGGGGGUGUCAGUAAAUUGUCAGAGAUGAACAUUUCUCAGGAUUCUGCGAAACAGAGGAUGGGACGUGCUGGGAGAACUGGUCCUGGUGUUUGUUUUAGAUUGUAUUCGGAAGAAGACUACAGUAAGUUUGAAGCUUUUACACCUGCUGAGAUUCAUUUGGUUCCUUUGGAAAGCUUGAUUUUGUACAUGAUUUCUUUGGGGUUGAACGAUAUCACGCAUUUUCCAUUUUUGGAGAAACCCAGCGCUAAGAGUCUGGAGCAAGCGGUUGAGAAGUUGAAAUUCAGUGGUGCGUUAGGUUUGGAUAACGAUACCUUACAGUUGACACCUUUGGGUCAAGCUUUGAGCACUUUACCAGUAGAUUUAACAAUUGGGAAGAUGUUAAUUCUAUCCACAGUUUUCGGUAAGGUUAACUCUGUUCUUGCCUUAGCUGCUUUACUGAGCGUUCAGAGUCCCAUAUCUCAAACGGCUCAUAAGAAUUUAGAUGCCGAGAAUCUAAGAAAACCUUUGGAAUCAUCUCACGGUGACCCCUUGACGUAUCUCAAUUUCUACAAGGAAUGGUUGAAUGUUAAACAAUCUUCGACGCCUAUUUCUAAACAUUCAAACACCGAAAGUUCUAGGAAAUGGGCCAAGAAACGAUGUUUGGAAGAACAAAGAUUCUAUGAGGUGACAAAAUUACUAGAACAAUUCAGAGAUAUUUUAAGCGAAGCCGAUCUGUUGACCAAAGAAUUGGAACCUAAUUUAUCGAGUGGAGAAAGGUCUAUAAGGCACGGUGAACUGAAAAAUUUGAAAUCGAUGAGAUACCAAAUGAAACAAGAGGAUAAAACGAGGAGAAGAAAGCAGUUGAAAUACGCAAAUUUCAAUGAAUACGACGAAGAAGACGACAAGAGUGACAUAAGGGAUGUGGAGUUUAGAAUAUCGAACGAUUUUAAGAAAUUGCAAACUUUACUGGAGGAAACUUCGGCCGACAGUUUCAAAGACGUGAUGCUGUUGAAAUUGAUUCUAACCAGUGGUUUAUACCCACAAGUAGCGGUGGAGGACGAACAUAACUCAUCGAAAACAGUUUCUGAAAGAUUAUUCCACACCAAGUCCAAAAACUUCUUGUUCCUCCGGCCCACGAGCUUUUUUGUUACGAAUCCGGAGAUCUUGCAGCUUCACAAUGACGACAUCGAGGUACCACCCCCGAACUACUUCAGUAACAGGCCGAUCAGUCGCAAACACCAAGUGCUGGUCUAUCAGUCGAUCUUGGAAACGAAGAAGGUCUACCUGAUGAAUUGUUUCCGAAUGCCCGCCUUGCAAACGUUGAUGUUGUUCGGGAAGAGGAUUUGCACGAAUUCCAGCUUUACGAAGUUCGUGUUCGACGAUUUUUUGAGCGUGGACGUUCCUUAUUAUGGACAGGGGAAGAAAUUGUUGAAAAUGUCUACGGCAUUGAGGCAGAAGUGGAUUAAAAACUUGGAGAAGAAGCUGGCGAAAUUGGAAACGUCCGAGAUGAACAAAAAGGAUGUAUUCUAUUUUAUAGAAGAUUUGAUUUCGUUUAUGAGUACGGACGUGAGUUAUAACAUCAAAAGAUUGUUGACCGCCGACCUGAAGAUAAUAUUCAAAAGGGAGAGUGCGUUCUUCCAGAACGAGGACCCAUCCUUCAAUCCUUUCGAUGAGGAUUUUACUAUAGUGGAAAAUCAGGAAUUUGGCGGUGUUAAUCUCACGGAAAACAUCAUUUACGAUUGUUUGAUCGAUGAAGAAUGGGCUUGGGACCUGGAAGAGACGAUUUUAGGGGAGGCGUUCGUCUGUGAGGUUUGCGGUGCUGAAAUCAUGGGUUGUUCGAUUUUCAAGCGGCUCCAACACGAAGUUAAGUGCAAGAAAAUGAAGGACAGUGAAAAGGAAGAGACAGAUCAAUCGGAAGGUUCUCAAGUUGUGGUUAAACCUAAUUCGAAGACGUUCGAAUGCGAGAAGUGCGGACAGAAAUUGUUGUUAACGCCUGUGGAUAUUUUAAAACAUAAGAAAUCUUGUAAUUGAUGUAUUCAGUUGAAACUGUGAUAAUUUAUUUAUUUAAGGGUGGAAGAAUUAAAUUAAGAAGCUUGUAUAUAUGAAGUAUGAUGAGUUUUAUUUGUAAUUUAUUUAUUGAAUAAAUUUCAAAAAAUUGAAAA